AUGCCUAGGGAUCCAUUGAUCGGACUGGUGGGAAAGGUCUGCGAUCCAAAUGCCUCCCUGCACGAGACCCCGCUAACCAUUUUGACGGAUGCGACAUCCAAAGUUGGCAACUUCCCUUUUACCACCAUUGAUCCCCAGCGAGCCAUCGGAUACCUCCAGAUCGAUUGCGCUUGUAUCCGGCACGGCGUCUCAGAUAAAUGCGCACCGAAUUACGGCGGCUGCCACGAAGGGCGGCGCUCCGUUCCCAUUGAGUUGCUGGACGUGGCCGGACUUGUCCCAGGCGCUCACCAGGGUCGAGGAUUGGGAAAUAAGUUCUUGGACGAUCUGCGACAUGCGGAUGCCUUGAUUCAUGUGGUGGAUGUGAGCGGUACCACUGAUGCCGAGGGAAAGGCAACACGUGGAUACGAUCCCUCUGUGGACAUUGAAUGGCUACGAGGAGAGAUUGUAAGAUGGGUGCUGGGCAACUUGAUGGAGAAAUGGGGUUCUAUCCGGCGGAGACAUGUCGCAAUUAAGGGCAACCCCGUCGACACAUUACAAGGUCAAUUCUCAGGAUACGGAAGUACUUCGUCGGUCGUGGCACGUUGUCUUGACAAGCUUAAUUUGAAGGAGCCUCUGGAGCACUGGUCAGAUGAGACUGUCCAGAUAGUGGUCGAGGCUUUCAUUGAUGAAAAAUUCCCUACGGUGUUUGCGUUGAACAAGAUCGACCACCCGGACGCAGACAAGAACAUCAGCAAAAUUGCCAAGAUGCAAGAUCCCGAGAGCAUUGUGCUUUGCUCUGCCAUAUCAGAAGUCUUUCUCCGACGACUCGCCAAGCAGCAAUAUAUCAAGUAUGUUGAAGGCAGUGAAUUUGUGGAUACACGGGAAGACCUGAUUGAUAUGGGUGAUCCGGAUGGAGGAGGACUAAAAGAAAUGGACGAGAAGUUGAAGACUCGAGUAGAAAACUUGAAAGAUAUGGUGCUAUAUCGCUUCGGAUCAACAGGUGUCGUUCAAUGUCUUUCUCGAGCGGCAGCGUUACUGGGCCUGGUGCCAAUUUUCCCUGUGCGGAAUGUCGCAACUUUCAACUCCGGGAGUGGAAGCGCCGUCUUCCGCGAUUGUGUUCUCGUCAAGAAAAACAGCACAGUGGGCGACGUAGCCCGAAAGGUCAUGGGCGAUGUACCCAUUUCCUAUAUCGAAGGAAUCGGAGGCACUCGAGUCUCAGAGGACGACUUGGUUGCCGUUGGCAAAAACGAUAUCUUGACAUUCAAGGUGGGCCGGUAG